AGCGGCGAUUGUGCCGUUCAUGUCUAAAUGAUGACAGGCGAUAUGGCCAAUACGAAAAUCUGAUGAUUGUCAAGGUUCACCUCAGAACUGAUAAAAGUGUAUAAUUUAUAAAUUGAACCUUGAUAUCAUCUACACCAAAGACAAACAAAUGCAGACAUAGAUGCAUACGCCGAUUUUCAGAAUCACUACUCGAACUGCAUUUGUUGUUACCUCGGGGUAAUCGACCCAUACUCUUUUAGCCAAAAAUGAAAAUCUUAAUUGCUUCACAGAAUGUUCCACCGCAUAGAGAGGACUUGGGACAUAUAAUUUCCGACCAAAUGAAGGCGAGCUAGUACGAUGACCAUUCGGAAGCCAUCUGAGCAUAAUAUUGCAGCAACUGAUACAAACUUCACCACAAGAUGCCUUCAAGUCCCGGUUCAAUCUCACCCGCGGGACUCGAUGGCAGCCACACUCCUCAUCGGAAUCCGAUGGUGAUCUCCUUGGUCGUGUUCACAUGCGCCGUCUUCCUCCUCUUCAGCUACUACUCGAUCUUGAAACAGUUUCUCUGCGCCUUUCGUCUCCCCACCUUCUCAAGAAACCGGGCCCCAAGGCGGCAGCUCCUGAACGAUGCCAACCCGGACGACCCAUCCCUCCAGUUCCACAGCCACGGCUUGGACUCCUUCACCAUGCACAACCUGCCAAUCACGCGGUUCUGCAAGAAGGAAGCGGAGAUGAGGAAGCGGAGCGUCCGCGCCGAGUGCGCGGUUUGCUUGGGAGAGUUCGAGGAAGGGGACUGGUUGAAGCACUUGCCGGACUGCGCUCACUCGUUCCACGUUGCUUGCAUCGACACCUGGUUUCAGCUCCACUCUAGCUGUCCGCUGUGCAGGGCUCAAGUGGCGUGCCAUUCGCACGUCCAAAGUGAGAGCGUCGUGUCUGUGCGGAAUCUGAUAAGGACGCUCGACAGAGAAGACUUCGUCAAUGAGAGGGCAAGCCAAAGCCAUUACCAGAGCCUGAGGUCUCAGAUCCUACAGAACUCGGCAAUGGCGAGGGGCGCACUGGUGAACCCAACUCCUGAAAAUGUAUAGAACGUGAUCAGAGAGGCAAACCUUCAAGCUGUAGAAGAAACAGACAGCGGUGGGAUUUGAUCAGAGAGAUGAAGGAUGGGACAACUUUUGAGAUUGAUCAGAAAGUGUAACAUCCAAAAUGU